GAGAGAAUGGAAUCGCCUGAUGAACCUGAAGCAAUCCUAAGAGGCCAAGCCCACAUAUGGAGGCAAAUGUUUGCAUUCGCCGACUCGAUGGCACUGAAAUGCGCCGUCGAGCUCCGAAUUCCUGACAUCAUCCAUUCUUACGGCGGCGGGCCUGUCACCCUAGCCCAAAUAGCCUCCCGCAUUCCCGCCCCGUCCCCCGGAACUACCUACUUGGCGCGCAUCAUGAGACUCCUCGUCCGCAACAACAUCUUCUCCGCUCAGCGUUGCCAACCCGAUGGUGGCCAUGAGAGUCAGGAGACACUCUAUGGCAUCACCCCGUCAUCGAGAUGGCUCCUCCAGGGCCCCGGAUCCGAGCUGAGCCUUGCGCCGUUGGUGCUGAUGGAAAACCACCCAUGGCUGAUGUCCCCAUGGCAUUGCUUCAGCGACUGCAUCAAGACCGGCGGCGUUGCAUUCGAGAUGGCUCAUGGCUGCAAGAUUUGGGACUUUGCAUCGGCGAAUCCCGAGUUCAACCGCUUGUUCAACGAUGGGAUGGCGGGUACGAGCAAGAUCUUGGUCAGGGCCAUCGUGGAAGGGUAUAAGGCCGGCUUCAAGAGCAUUGGAUCUUUGGUUGAUGUCGGCGGGGGGAUCGGCGUGACCCUGGCCACGAUCAUUAAGUCGUUUCCGCACAUUCAGGGGAUUAAUUUCGAUCUGCCUCACGUCAUUGCCACGGCACCGGCACACGAUGGCAUCACUCAUGUUGGAGGAGACAUGUUUGAGACUAUACCGCAUGCUGAAGCAGUUUUCAUGAAGGGGAUAAUGCAUGAUUGGGGGAAUGAAGAUUGCGUCAAGAUUUUAAGAAACUGCAGAAAAGCAAUCCCAGAAAAGAAUGGCAAGGUGAUCAUAGCAGAUUUUAUGUUGAAACCAGAGGGCAAUGGCAUGUUCGAUGAGAUCGGAACUGUGCUCGAUCUGGUCAUGAUGGCGCAUUGCUCGGGCGGUAAGGAGAGGGACGAACUUGAAUGGAAGAAUAUUGUGGAGAAGGGAGGGUUUCCUCGCUACAACAUCAUCAAAACUUCUUCUUUGUUAUUCAUUAUUGAAGCCUAUCCACUGUGAUUUGGCUGCGCCAAAAUUGUGCAAGUC